AUGGGCACGGUAGAUUCACAAACCCCCUUCGCCCUCACCGCGCUGGACCGCCAGCUGCUGGCAAUGACCGAUGAAGAAUUCGAGGCCCACGACUGGGAGAAUCUGCGGGACAUCAUCGCCCGGAAUGAUCUAGCCGCCCUCAAGCGGAAGCCCUCCGAUCUACGCCGAUACCUCGCCUGGUCCGCGGAUACCAAGGCCCAGUACGGCUCGAUUAUGAACUACAUCUGCCAGCGUCGUCUGCAGUGGCCCAUGAGUGGACCCGUCCCUAAUAACCCGCGUCCAUUUGCCGAUCCCGAGGACUACAGGAUUCUCCGCAAUGACUGGCCUUACGGGCUGAGUCCCGGCAUUGAGCAUUUUGUUGUUUGGCUUCGGACUCCGAUACCGGUUAAGUCGGAGGAGGGCCACUUGACGGCGGAAUCGAGCGCGCUUAUUGAAGGGUUUGUGAAGGAGAAGUUUGUCGCUCGCCUGGCCGAGGAUGCGCGGUUUCCCACUCCCGAGUCCCAUGUGCUUUGGUUUAAAAACCCCCGCAUUUUGCAGAGCGUGCAAGCCCUGGAGCAUCUCCAUGUGCUCGUGAAAGAUGUCCCUGACGACAUUCUUUAUGAGUGGUCCGGUGAGAGCAGGUAG